AUGUCCGCCGAGGAUGGAAUUCCCCUUCGAUCGAUCAACGAUGAUGAUUCCCUUGACGAAUUCUCGGACUAUGAAUCGCAGCCUCUGAACGGGCGACGCAAUUACCAACCACCCGCAAAACCAUCAAUCAAGUCUAAAUUAGUAUCAUUACUAUUAGGACUGCUGAACGUUCUCCAUAUCGGCGUGAACUGUAUAUUCUUCCUCUUUCCCGAUGAUUUCGACGAUCGACUUGAUGCGUGGCUUUUCCCUAAUCACCAAUUGUCCCUAUCUCCACACUGGGAUAGGCACGGAGUUCCUCUCAGCAGAUGCCACUCUCAUAACGACUACUGGCGCGAUGUCCCGCUCAAAUCCGCACUUCUUGCUGGCUGCAUCGGUGUUGAGGCAGAUAUCUGGUUGUCAGAUCAUGAUCUGCUUGUCGGCCACAAUCCGUUUGUGCUUAACCGCGACGAGAGUCUGCGAAUAUUGUAUCUCAAUCCAUUACUGGACAUCCUACAUCAACGCAAUACCCGGACAAAUCUGCUGAAUUUGCCGGACACCUUUCACACCAAUGUUCCGAUGGCGGGAGUUUUCGCCUCGGAUCCAGCGCAGACUUUGGUCUUACUAAUUGAUUUCAAGACGGACGGCGACAAGCUUUGGCCAUACGUGAUGGAACAAUUGGAACCUCUGCGUGAGGCUGGCUAUUUGACGUUUUUCAACGGGACUAGUCUUAACGAAAGACCCAUCACCGUUGUCGCCUCGGGCGAUGCACCGCUGCGCCGAGUAAUAGGAAAUGACACCUACCGCGACAUUUUUUAUGAUGCCCCGUUAGAUAAAUUGACACUGUCACCGACACCUAGCCAAGAUCUGUUAUCACCAGACUACGACUUUUCGAACAGCUACUACGCCUCAGUGAACUUCGGGAAAACAAUCGGUGGUCUCCAUCGAAAUAGGUUCUCGCAAGAUCAGUUGACAUUGAUUCGUGCGCAGAUCGAGGCAGCUCAUAGACGUGGCCUCAAGGUUCGCUAUUGGGGCACGCCGAGCUGGCCUAGAGGGCUGCGCAAUCACGUAUGGCAUGUGCUGGUGCGUGAAGGGGUGGAUAUUGUCAAUGUGGAUGAUUUGAGAGAGGCGACGAGACAGGAUUGGCGCAAGCAUCGAAGUUGGCUUCUCUGA